UCUUGCAAAAGAGUUAAGCUGUUUCUGCUCUCUUGUACCAAUCUCUGUGCAGAGAGAGAGAGAGAGAGAGAGAGAGAGAGAGAGAGAGAGAGAGAGAGAGAGAGGAGAAGCAGCCUAAAGAAGGGAGGAAACCUAUUCAAUGCAGAGCUGCAAUAUGUAGGAGACCGGGGGAGCCUUUACAAAUAGAAGAGGUGGAGGUAGAGAGAGAGAGAGAGAGAGAGAGUGAUGGAGGAGAAGCAGCCUAAAGGAGGGAGGAAACCUAUUCAAUGCAGAGCUGCAAUAUGUAGGAGACCGGGGGAGCCUUUACAAAUAGAAGAGGUGGAGGUAGCUCCACCAAAAGCUUGGGAAGUACGGAUUAAGAUUAUUUGCACAUCACUGUGUUUCAGCGAUGUAACAUUCUGGAAGAUGAAAGAUCCACCUGCAAUUUUUCCAAGAAUAUUGGGACACGAGGCUGUCGGGGUCGUGGAGAGUGUUGGGGAAAAUGUAAAGGAAUUGAAGGAAGGAGACACUGUGAUUCCGACACUGGUAACAGAGUGCCAGGAUUGCAGGGACUGCAACUCAAAGAAGAGCAACAAAUGCUCCAAAUUUCCUUUCAAGAUCUCCCCAUCGAUGCCCAGAGAUGGAACAACCUGCUUUACUGACUCCAAAGGAGAGGUGAUAUACCAUUUUAUACAUGUCUCCAGUUUUAGCGAGUACACUGUGGUGGACGUUGCCAAUCUAACCAAGAUCGAUCCUUCCAUCCCUCCCAACAGAGCAUGCCUGAUUGGUUGUGGGAUUUCAACUGGGGUUGGGGCAGCCUGGAAAACUGCGAAUGUGGAAGCAGGGUCCAGCGUGGCCAUAUUUGGCUUAGGAGCUAUUGGUUUUGCGGUUGCAGAGGGAGCGAGACUCCGUGGAGCUACUAAAAUUAUUGGUGUGGAUUUGAAUCCAAACAAGUUUGAGAUUGGAAAGAAAUUUGGUGUCACAGAUUUCGUUAACCCAUCAGACAGUGGGAACAAGCCUAUCCACGAGGUGAUUGCUGAGAUGACAGCUGGGGGAGCUGACUACUGCUUCGAGUGUGUUGGUUUGGCCUCUGUGGUGUCUCAAGCAUUCGCGAGCUGUCGGAAGGGUUGGGGAAAGACAAUUGUGGUGGGUGUCGACAAGCCUGGCUCUCAAUUAACCUUCAGUUCAUAUGAGGUUCUUCACUUUGGCAAAACCAUCAUGGGUUCUAUGUUUGGAGAUAUUAAACCCAAAACUGAUAUUCCAAUUCUCGUAAAAUCUUACUUGGACAAGGAGCUUCAAUUGGAUGAGUUCGUCACCCAUGAAGUGCAAUUCGAGGACAUUAAUAAAGCUUUUGAUUUACUACUUGCUGGGAAGAGCAUUCGUUGUGUAAUUUGGAUGGACAAGCAAAUCCCUUUUCCCAUUUAAUGUGAGAACACUUUGUUUUUUGUUUUUUGUUUUUGUGUUUUUUGGGGUAAGAAGUGAGAACACUUGUUUGCCACAAGUCAAAGUCACAAUGUCUGAAUUUUGUGGAUAAUAAGAGAUAUUUCAAUGUUUCCACAAAGGGGAAUAAGUAUUGGGCAAGCCUUUUCAAUCUUAUAUCAGUCUUGACUUGUAAAUUGAAAGAAAAAUAUGUUUUCGAUUUC